AUGACAUUAAAUAAAAUAAAAGCAUUAAUAUGGAAAAACUGGGUGCAUACAAAGCGAAAUAAAUGGACUGCAAUAAUCGAGUUUGUGCUUCCAAUUAUUCCCAUUCUGAUUUCCUUAAUUUAUCGCCAUCACAUUACAAUUGAUCCACAAUCAAUUCAAGAAUACAGCAUCAGUCCAUCUUCAUGUAAAGAUAUAGAGAUUCUAUAUACUCCUGAAAAUGAGUUCCAUACAAAUUUAAUGAAUAAAGUUAUUUUACAAUUCGGUGACAUCAUGAAAUUGAAGGCAGCAUAUAAUGAAGAUAACAUGAAUAAGAAGUUUACUCAAAUACAAAAUCAUACGGUCAUUGGUGUUAUUUUUGAGAAUGACACAUUAUAUUCACCAAAACAUCUUAAAUACACAAUAAGAAUGCCCGAGGAUAGAUCAAAUAAUGUUAUAUGGAACACGGACAAGCUACACGUUACAGGAAUCUCAAAUAAACUAAGAUCUAAUUUGACUAUUCAGCACCAUUCAUUGUACAAUUCAACAUGCUUCUUAAUGCUUCAAAACCAAAUUGACAAAGAAUUUAUCAAAAUAUUCAGCAAUGAAUCAGUGAUCAAUAAAUUGGAGACAUUGAAGUCAUUUCCCAUUCCAGAAGCAAGUUUUGAUGAAUAUGUUGAUUUUGCAGUUCAAACUCCGAUUAUGUUAAUUUGUUCGCUGCUAUUUUCUGUUUUUGUGUUAGUUAAGAACAUAACAAUCGAACACGAGUCACGUCUAACAGAAUCAAUGAAAAUAAUGGGAUUGUCGAGUGCUUUAUACUGGUCAUCAUGGUUCAUGCGUAGCUUCAUCAUUCUCAUCAUUUCCUUCACAAUCAACCUCAUCUUGACAGUCACAAGCAUCAAUUCGGAUAUUCCAAUGUUUGCCAACAGCAAUCCACUCAUCAUUUGGUUCUUUUUCAUCUCAUACAUCACAUCCAUGAUCACAUUCUGCUUCCUUGUCAGUGUCAUCUUUAAGAAACCUUCAAUAGCCAAUAGUGUUGGUUCUGUGACUUUCUUGGCAGCUAUUGCUCCUUAUGUAAUUUAUCAUGAAGAUUUUUAUAAGUACAGCUAUGGAUUGAAGAUGCUGUUCAGCAUGUUGAUUAAUACGAAUAUGGGAUUGGGAAUCAAAAUGAUUAUUAUGGCUGAAAAUGGCUACGGAGGAGUUGGACUUGGGAAUGUCUUUACUCGACCUGCUGAGUUUGAGUUUUCAUUUGGUGAAUUGAUGAUUUGGAUGAAUAUUGGAAGUGCUUUGAUCAUGUUGCUGACUAUUUACAUUAAGAAGGUCUUUCCAUGGGAUUUUGUAGUUGCUGAGCCUUGGAAUUUUCCCAUCAAAAAUAUUUACAGGAAAUUUUUCAAUAUUCAGCAUAGCAGUCCAAUAGAGCUACAACCAUUAAACUUGACUUCUGAUCAACAAGAUGACCAAGUUGGUCUCAAUGUAGUAAUUAAGAUUAAAAACCUUAGCAAAACAAUUGACAAAAAAGAAACUAUCGAGAACUUGUCACUAAACGUCUAUGAGAAUCAAAUCACAGUUCUUUUGGAUCACAAUGAUGCUGGCAAGACCACAAUAAUGUCAAUCUUGACUGGACUUUGCCAACCAACAUCAGGAACUGCUAGCAUUAAUGGCUAUGACAUAAAAACUAAUAUUGAUGAAGCUAGAAGGUCCAUGGGAGUCGUUAUGCAACAUGAUGCUUUUUAUGAGUACAUGACAGUUAAAGAGCAAUUGAAGUUCUUCUGCAUGCUAAAAGGAAUGAGCAGCAACAUCCAAGAACAUAUCGUAAAAUACUCAAAUUUAUUAAAAUUCAAUGAUUUACUUAAAAGUGAGAUUAGAAAACUUAAUCUUGACCAAAAGAGAAGACUGUCAAUCGCCACUGCACUGUGUGGAGAUUCUAAUAUUAUCUUAAUGGAUGAACCUACGGCUGGUAUGGACUUAACAUCGCGUCGUGACAUUUGGAAGUCACUAAUAUCUGAAACAAAAAAUCGAACAAUUUUAAUCGGAACUCAAUCAGAUGCCGAAGCUCAGAUUUUAGGUGACCACAUUGCCAUCAUGUCGGAAGGACAAAUCAAAGAUAUUAGUUCCUCAGCCUUCCUGAGAAAAAAAUAUAGAUUGACAUGUGUCAAAAAAGAUGGAUUUGAUGCUCAAGCUGUGUUGGAUAUGAUUCAAACAUAUGCACCACACAUCAAAUUGUCAUCUGAGGAUGGAUCGGAAGUAGCUUAUACAAUUUCUAACGAAUAUUUGCCUAAUCUUCCAGCGCUGCUUAAAGAUCUUGAAGACAAACAAGAUAUUCUCAAUAUUUCAAGUCUCAGCUGUGACUUAAUGUCACCUGAAGAUAUUUAUUUGGAGACUGUUGAUAAAAUUCAAGAUCCUGUCCAAGAUGCAGUCUUGGAAGUCGAACCAAAAAAUGAAGCACAGAUUGACAACAAAAUUAAGAUGCAAAUUUAUGCAAUGUUAUUGAAAAAGCUUUAUAUCCUUCGAAGGUCAUGGAAAAUGCCUUUGGUUCUUGCUAUUUGGUCAUUUGGAGUUAUUUGUUUGCUUCCGCAUGGCUUCAAAAUCUUAAAAUCUAUGAAUAAGCUGCCAAUUUCACUCAACACUUACGGACGUACGGAAACAAUCAAAGAACUUGAAAUGCAUUCAGACUUUAACAAGUUCUAUGAGUACUUUAAAGAAUACUCGUCAUUAUUCAGUGGAAAGGACCGAAUUGUUGAGAUAUCCACAGACAUGGAACCUGAAAUCCUUAAUAAAUACACACGUUCUCCAGCCAGAACCAAUCUUGAGAACCUAAUAGGUGCAAGCUUCAAAAAUGACGCCAUCACUGCCUGGUUCAACACUCAGUCAUACCACACAAUGCCUUUAACUAUCAACACAAUCAAUCGAGCAAUUCUGAAGUCUAUAGCUGGUGCUGACUACGACAUUUCAGUGUCCAACUAUCCAUAUUCUUUUGAAAAAUCACCUAACAAUGAUUUACUUAGUUCCUUCAUUGUUCCUCUCCUGAUGACACUUUGGCCACUUAUCUUCAUCGGGAACUGCAUUACAGAACGAAAUACAUCAUUUAAGUUUCUCCAGCUAGUCUCUGGAACCAAUCGAUUUGUCUUUUGGUUCUCAAAUCUAAUUUUUGACUAUAUUUUGUUCAUACUCAUCUGUUUCGUGCUGUUUGGAAAUGCUGUUUUGAUUGCUUAUGAACCAGGACAACGAUUCCAAGAUUUUAUAAAUUUAAUGGCAAUUGGAGCUUCCUAUGGAUUCUCAUGGAUCUGCUUCAUCUACUUAUUUUCAUAUUUAUUCAAUAAUGUUACAAACGGAAUGGCAGCUGUGAUAAUUAGUUCGAUUGUAUUAUAUGCCACAGCCGUUCUCCUUCUUUCAACAAAUAUCUUCCAUUGGAUUCUGAUGAUGUUUGCGCCAUUUACUCUAAUCAAAAUGAGUGCCAAGCAGUACUCUUUGAACUCAGAUUUCAAAGUUACUGACGAGGAUGUAAAAAUCAGCUACAUUAUGAAUUUUGUGUCUGGAUGUUUUUAUCUAACAGCUGUUCUUUUGAUAGACUGCAACGUUUUUGCUCGUUUAUAUUACAAAUUUAAUGAAACUCCAUCCGCGAACUUAAUACAAACUGAUGAAGAGGAAGAAAAUGUCAGCAAUAUGCUUGAUUCGGAUGGACUUGAAUCAAAUCUUGUUUUGAAGAAUGUGACUAAAAAGUUUAAAAAAAAUUCAGCUGUUAAUCAAUUGUCAUUGCAUGUCAAGCAGCAUGAAUGCUUUGGUCUACUUGGUGUCAAUGGAGCUGGAAAGACAACAACAUUCAAGAUGAUGACUGGAGAUGAGCUAAUUACUUCUGGUGACAUUUGGAUUAAAGGAAAGUGCCUGAAAACUCAACUACUUGAAGCUCACAAGUUCAUCGGUUACUGUCCACAAUUUGACAAUUGCAUACCUGAACUGACUGGACGUGAAACUUUGAAGAUCUUUGCACUGAUCCGUGGCAUCAAAAUGGACGAAAUUACAGAAAUGAUCAACCAAAUGUCAAGUGAACUUGACUUUAAACAGCAUUUGGACAAGCAAGUUAAAGCUUAUAGCGGUGGAAAUAAAAGAAAACUGUCGACUGCCUUAGCACUGCUUGGAAAUCCAGAAUUGAUCUUCUUGGAUGAAUGCACAACAGGAGUCGAUCCACAAGCUCGUCGUCAAAUUUGGAAUGCAAUCAAGCGAAUCCGUGACAAUCAUCGACUUUCAUCCUCAAUUGUCAUCACAUCUCAUUCCAUGGAUGAAUGUGAAGCUUUGUGUACAAGAAUUGGCAUCAUGGUCGACGGUCAGUUCCAAUGUCUUGGUCCAGUUGAAGAUUUAAAGAAUAAAUUCUCAAAAGGCUCCAUCUUGACAAUCAAAACUGGAUUUACUGAUGAAAAUAAAGUCAAAAAAUUAAGAAAAAAGAUUGUGCAGCAGUUCCUGGAUGUUGAAUUGAAGGAACAAUAUUUGGACAUCUUUAUUUUCCAUUUGAUAAGUGAUGAUUUGAAAUAUUCAGAAGUAUUCAGGAAGUUAGCAGAAGUAAAGGAGGAGAUGCAUAUUGAGGACUAUUCAUUGACACAAAUGUCACUUGAGCAAGUGUUCCUGAACAUUUGUAAGCAAAAAGUUCAACUACCUCAAGAGAAAGCUAUGCAAAUAGCUAAUGAUGAAGCACGUUGGAGAGAACAGGAAAUAGUCGAAAGAAAAGCAAAAGAAGCAGAAAAUCAUAAAAUAAGUGACAAGAUCGAAACCAUAGCAAGCAUAAGAGCUAAUGAAAUAUUAAAAGAUAAAGAAGAGCAACAAAGGAUACAAGAGGAAGAAGUUAAACUAGCAAAAAGGAAAUUAGAAAGACAAGCAAUAGAAGAUGCAGUUAAAAAGGAAAAUGAGAAGGCAAAACAGAAAAAAUCAUUUAAUCUGCUUAAAGAUCUUUUCGGACGUAAUCCCCACAAAAAUAGUAAAUUAGGUGACAAUGCUUUAGAAUUUGAUUUCAUACUAGAGCUUGGUGAAAGUUCAAAAAAAUAUGAAACAAAUAAGGACCAAAACAUCCGACCAAUUGAUAAUAAGAUUAAAACCCAAAAAGAUCAGAGAAAUGAAAUUUAUGAUAAAGCUAAACCGCUUGAUUUGAUCGAUUCUGAUGAUUAG